UAAUUUCCGGUACUGGAAAAAAAAAGUAGGCGGGUCUUUUAAAUCUAUAGGCUACUCGGGUAAACUAUGGGAGUCAGCGACAUUUGCUAGUUUUAGAUUUGCUAAAGUUGAUUUGGACUUACUUUACCGCAGCAGUGCAGUGCAGUGCAGUACAAAACAUUUGUUAGAAUAACAUUUAACGGGUUAUAUUCCGCGACAUUUGGCAGGCUGCUCAUUAAGCAGCGAAUUACCAUUUGGCUGGAAUUGGUCCGAAGCUAAUUGGUUGAAACACCCGACGCCAUUGUCUGCACAAAAAUCCGUCACAUCGCUAAAAGACCAACAAAAGAUCAUCCAUUGCUCACAGCCAUUGAAAGUGACAAACUGAGAGUAUGAGUGAGUGAAACUGCUGCAAUGUCAGACAUCCCCGGACUUCCGACACAAGGCUCUAACGUAACAGUCCUGAUUACCAAAGUUGACUCGAAUACCCUUUGUGCGCUCAUAGAAUUCUGGGGCAACUUUGGGCUGGCUCAGGCCAGAGAUUAUCAAUCCCUUGUCAAAAAUAUUCAGUCCCCUGUAAAUUUAUUUCAGGAGUUUGAAGGAAAUUCCGGGGACUUGUGUUUAGUUCAAAUCGAUGGUACAUGGUACAGAUCCCGCAUAGUCACGAGAAAUGGAUCCAACUGCCAAGUCUUGCUCAUUGACAAAGGGAUCACAUGUAGCACUACCACAAAGUUAUUGGCUUGGGGUAAGAGAGAGCACUUCCACCUACCACCUCAAGUGGAGCUUUGUGUACUUGCCAAUGUAUGGCCGCACUCUCUAGAAAAUAGAUGGUCCCCAUUUGCACUUGAAUUCCUGCAGACUUUUCGAGGAAAGAUGGUAAAAGCACAUGUGCAAGAUGCACUGGUAAAUCAAAGGAAGCUUCUUCUGGACAUCCCAUGCAUAACCAGGCAAAUGUUUGAAAUGGGGUUCGCAAAGAAAGUGGAACCGAACAUGUUCUUGGAUUUUGUUCUCUCACCAGAGUCCAAAAUUAAAGCUGAACACUUUCAUCAAACCUCCAUGGGCGAAGUCGAGCAACUACACCAGAAGGAUCUGUACACGGUUCCAAAGCUGUCCACCGGAGCCGUGGAGACUGUUGUAGUCACAGAGGUGACCAAUCCGCAGCGUAUUUUCUGUCAGCUGAAGGUUUUUACUCAAGAGUUGAAGGAGCUCUCAGAGGAAAUCAGACGGCGGUGCAGGGGCAGAACGGUCAGUUGUAGUGUCAAGCCUGAAAUGAUCGGAUUUCCUUGUGCCGCAAGAGGAAACGAUGGCAAUUGGUACCGCUCCGUUCUGCAACAGGUAUUCCCAGUCAGCCAACUGGUGGAAGUCUUGAAUGUUGACUAUGGCGUCAAACGAUUGGUUCAAAUGGAAAAUGUACGACCACUGGCUCCAGAGUUCUUCAAAAUGCCUGUCGUGACCUAUGUAUGCUCACUCCAUGGACUUUUUGACAAGGGGGUUGGAUGGACAAGCACACAGAUCAACUAUCUCAAGUCCCUACUCUUGUACAACACUUUCAUCGCCAAAUUCCAUUACCACAGUAUCUCCGAGGGUGUUUACUAUGUGACGCUUUAUGGCGAUGAGAAUACAGACCUCAACCAAGUAUAUUUUUCCAAAAUUCUCUUAGAGAAUGAAGAGACACUUUGUGACUACGCAACCGAAAACACAGCAAAAGGCACUCAUGAUCCACCCCGGUUUCCAAUUAAUGAAGGAAUAAUGUCACCUACCAUGGUGGCUGAAGCAAAGGUGGAGAGAAAUAACGCGUUUUUGGCGGAUAACGUCUCACAUGUGGCAUGCGUGUCUCACGUGUCCAACCCCGCCGAGUUUCGGAUCCCAAGACAAAAACGUGCAAGCGAGCUUGAUGAAUUGGUGGGUCCCGUUUUCCAUUUGUACAAAUUCUCAGACAGUAAACAUUUGAUGGAAACGCCUGCCGUAGAUGCCUGCUGUGCAUCCAAAGCAGCUGAUGGUGAUUUCAACAGAGCUAUUGUGUCAGAAGUUGGAGGAACAAAAAUCAAGGUGUUCUUGGUGGAUUACGGAGGCACAAAGGAGGUGGAUGAGAGUCACAUCAGAACUCUUCUUUGUGGGUUACAAAAAGCGCCACAGCUUGCAGUGAAAUGUUCGUUGGCAGACCUUGGGCCAAAGGAUCUCAGCUGGAGUCGCUCUGCCGUUGAGUUUUUCAUUAAAAUGAUCACCGACAAACUGCUGAAUGUACAUGUGAUGGAAAACCGCAAUGAUACCUCUGCCAUAACACUGGUCGAUCCCCAGUCACAAGGAGAAAGCCACAUUGGCAAGAUGCUAUGUUCUUCCGGCCACGGGAACUGCAGUGAGAUGGAAAAGAAAUCCCGAUCUCAAAAUUCAGAAGCUUUGGGUGUUCACGGAAAGAGCAAGGGUUCUUCUCGGACCCAGAAUAGUGUUGAUCUCUCAAGCAAAGCGUUACAAAUUGGAACGUUCCGGGAAAAUAUGUUUCCCGUUGGCAGUAUCCUCGAUGUCACUGUAAGUUACAUUGAGAGCCCAAAUAAUUUUUGGUGUCAGCUCGCUCCAAGCUCGGAGAAGCUGAAAAUGCUAAUGCACGCCAUCCAGGCGCACUAUGCCGGCAGCGUUUACGAGCCUCUUACAGAAGCGGCAUGUGUCGUUCGACACCCUGACAAUGGAUUGUGGUACAGAGGACUCGUAAUUCGCAAACACGAAUCAACUCGUGUGGCCGUUCUUUUUAUUGACUACGGUCACACAAAGACGGUCUCUCUCCACGACUUGAGGAAGAUCAGCCGCGAAUUUCUUGAGCUGCACGGUCAAGCGUUCCGGUGCAGUCUGUACAACCCUCUCAAGGUCAUAUCCGUUGCAAAUGAGUGGAACGAAAAGGGAAAAGACGCAUUUCUCCACUUUGUGAAAACCGCUGCCUCCAACCGUAUUACGUUAAAGUGCACCGUAUACGCGGUCACGUACAAUGAAGAGAAACUAGUUCUCAACAUUGUCGAUCUGGAAACUCCCUUUGAGAGCAUCUGCACCAGUAUGGCCAAACUUACCCCUGGCAAGGCAGUACCCGAACCAUCUUACCGCCUGGACACGUACAACUACUCGACACACAGCAUCAAAAUUGGAACUGAAGAGCAAGUCACAGUCACGUGCGUAAACAGUGUCGGUCACUUCUACUGCCAACUUGAAAGGAAUGCUGAUGUGCUUAAGGACCUCAAUAAGAAGGUUAACCAUCUCUGCCAUCAGCUUGGCCAUGUGAAUCCACCGACAUUAUUUCAAAAACUGUGCUUUGCAAAGUACACCGAUGGGCUGUGGUACAGGGCACAAAUUAAGGUCACGCGGCCAUCGAUUCUGGUCUACUUUGUUGAUUAUGGCGAUACGGCUGAAGUGGCCCAUUCAGACGUGCUUCCAGUGCCCAAAGAGGCCAAUGACAUCAUGUCUGUCCCAAUGCAGGCGGUGCUGUGCCGUCUCUCUGAUGUCCCGAUCGAUGUUCCCGCUGAGGUGAAUAACUGGUUUCAAACGUCUGCGACAGAAUGUAAGUUCCGAGCAAUAGUUGUAGCCAAGGAACCCAGUGGGAGUCUCCUGGUUGAACUAUACGACAAAAACACUCAAAUCAAUUCAAAGCUGAAUAAAAAAUUUCAGCUACAGGUGCCGACUGAACGUCAAGUUAUAUCCCAGCAUCGGAAAGCUCUUGAGGAUGCCAACGGGGAAAAAGAAGCAAUGUUUGUGUCUGCUCAGGUCCGCCAAAAAAACACAGGCCAUUACAUAAAACCAGCACAUCAAGCGACACGACCUCCAAGAUGGAAUUUGCGGAAUGAGCAGAAAGGUAAAACCUCCUCGCAAGAACUGUAUCAUCCGCCACAUCAACGGCAUCAUCCCAGCAAUCAAAGUAGUCGGACCGAAAGAAAAGAAAAAUUGGAUCCCGAAUCACCCGUUCAAGAAUUUGGCAUUGUGCUCCCCCAAGCCAAAUAUCCAAAAGUCGCUAAACUUCAAGACUUACCCAAAAAUGUGAUCACGGCGGAUAUGGAAGCGGACGUUUAUGUUUCGCAUUACAACAGCCCAUCGAGUUUCUAUGUGCAGCUUGUCAGAGAAGAGGAUGAAAUCUUCUCCCUUGUUGACAAGCUUAAUGAGCCACUGUCCACUCCCAAGCGCACCAUCACUCGGGUAGAUCCAGGCGACCUUGUUGAAGCGGAGUUUCCCGAUGAUUCCUUAUGGUACCGGGCAGGUGUCACGGAAGUGCUCUCUGGCUCGUUGGCUCUUGUAGAGUUUGUCGAUUUUGGUAACACAGCGCGGUUACCAUUUUCCAAACUAGCCCAACUCAAUCAGGCUUUUGCGCAGUUGCCAAGGUACAGCACCCACUGCAUGCUCAGUGAAGCGGGAUCUCUGGCGGCGCUCGAUUCGGAAGUGGCGUCCACUCUGAAAAGAGAGAUUGGCUCAAAUGCGGAGAAAAUGCUCAAGUGUCGAUUUGUGCGGCGGUCGGGGAUAAUGUGGCAAGUCACUCUUGAGGAUAAUGGCGUGCAGGUCACGUGUAAAGCAUGUCCUGAAACCCCACCUGCCAUGGAACAUCAAACGGGAGAAUGUGCGCGGGGCUCGGAAACAUCACUGAAUUUCUAUUCCCUCUGCUACCGCCAUUUAGAAUUUGCAGAGGGACAACAGCUGGAUGUUUACAUCUCAGCUUUCCGCGAUGCUCAUACAUUUUGGUGUCAGCCUGCGAACUCGGUGGCACUUGAUAGGAUAACUGAAAGUCUCUCGCAAAUCGGAAAUGCAGCUUAUAAUACAAGUGUCGGCGUGAGCGCGCUGUCACCCGGCACACCGUGCAUCGCAUUUUUCGCCGAGGAUCAAGUUUGGUGUCGCGCCGAAGUACUGAGUAAGGAUGGAGAUGAGCUGUCAGUUUUGUUUGUGGACUACGGAAACGCAGCUAAAGUUACCGGCGCAGAUGUGAUGGAAAUUCCCCCUGAGCUGUUGCAAACUCAUUUGCAGGCAUUUUUGUGUCAGCUUGACGGUUUUGACGAGUCUCGCGGCUCUUGGCGUGAUGGGGCUUUCGACGAACUGGCUUCAAUUGCAGAAAACAAAUUGUUGCAAAUGACCGUCACCAAGCCUUCGAGAGAAGACGGAACGAGCGUGUACCUCGUGCAGUUGGAGUGUGAAGGUCAGAGGUUGAAUGAGACUAUGAAACGCUGGUGGAUGACUUCCAUGCUGGAAAAUAAACCGCACCUCGCGCAGCACGUGCAGGAUGAAAAGCUGGGCCCAAGUGAUGCGUCUGUGAAGAAAACGGAAAACGAAGCCCUUGAGGGUGAAAACACAAGGCUUGCUCACAAUGGGACAGAUCAUCAUGAUGCUGACUUGCACUGUGCAGUAACAAGUACUCCAAAGGACAUUCGGGGCCCUCACACUUCAGUCCUUUCCACCGAGCGCCCGCCAGAAGAGAACUGUUUGUCUGAAAGCCGGAGCCUUAAUGAAACAAGUCAAUGGGGAAUGACGAUUCCUCACCUUGAACCCAUUUCACAGAUUGAUAGUGGAAUAGAACACAAUGUGGCGUCCCUGCAAAAUAUGUCAAAGAGCGCCGUGGGGAGUGGCCAAGAUUUUGAUGAGGAAGCUGCCUCUGCGAUUGACGCACCUUUGUCAGAUGAGAUGGAUUCUCCACCAACCAAGAACAUUCGGGAGGCCACGGUUGAGUCCUUGUCUCCAUUUGAAAUGGUGGAUCGCCACAACACGAGCGACCGCUCGAAUGCCAGGACCAAUUCUGAUGAACCAAAUGGUUUCCCUGAUGACGGCAACGUUGCCAAUUCAAAUCCAGUUACGAAUUGGACAAGUGUGAAAGUGGGUGCCGUGGCUGAGGAGGUGAUCCAUUCUGUUAAGUCGCUGACAGAUCCAAAUGAGCAGAGUGAUGUCGCAAUGGCCGCAAGAAACCAAUGUCACAUCAGCGUGUCGGGAGAGGAAAUGGUCUUGACUAAACUACUGCAUCCUUUUGAGCCUCCUGUAUGGCAAGUAAUUGAAUCAUCAUCAUCAUCAUCAGAAGAGUCAUUGCCAAUUCCAGAAGAGAAAGAGAGAUCAACACAGGACGAGAGUAACCCGAUGGCAGAAUGA